UUUUGAUUUGGUUCAGACUUGAGUUCAGUUGCAUUCAGUGUGUUUGGGUUCAGUUCUGGAUCAAGCAACUAAAAGUAAAUAAAUAGUGGUUUGGUUACUGGUUUGAACUGGUUCAAACCAAAUUUCAAUCCAAAAGAAUGGAAGAAAAUUUAAAAAGUUGAAAUUUAUUGAAACUAUUUUCUUUGACCAUUUAUUUACUUUAACUGUACAUGAAUUUUCCUAGUUCUUGAGUUGUCAGAAAACAAUUUUUGAAAUGAAUAAUUUGUUUGAGCAAACUAAAAUACCAUCUUCCAAACUAGACCUCUGUGAUAAAGGGAUAAAUAUGAGUUUAAGGCAACAGCUCUGCCUCAAGUGGGGCAACAGGUGGGAGGAGCUGCCCUGGGGUUGGGGAUGGCUGGGAGAUAGUCUGUCUGUGGCGGAGAUAGGUUGGGGAGCCAUUAUCUUUCCUCAAUGUUGAAGAGUUAUCUUUAACUUCUGGACCAGGAGCAUUCCACUUCUCUUACCAGGAUGAAGUCUCAAAGUAUGUCUACACAGCAGUAAAAUAUCUGUGGCACCAAGUCUCAGAGUCCAGGUCUGGCUUGUGGGGCUAAAAACAGCAGUGUAGACAUUCAGGCUCAGGCCAGAGUGAGGGCUCUGAAACCCAGGGAAGUGGGAGGGUCUCAGAACUCAGGCUUGCUGUGGGGUUUUUUUGUUUUUGUUUUUUGCUGUGGAGAUGUACCCAGAGAUGGUACAGCUAUAUCUGGGCCCCCUGCUCUCUCAUGUGCUGCGCACAUAGCUCCUAAACUUCUCCUCUCUUUCACUACUCUUGUGGGCUAGCCUUCUUCGAACCUUUUCUCAUUAUAUUGGGGAAGGCCUUUCUGGUUGCAAUCACAUGUCUAAUUGUUAUUUUGUUGUUUUAUAAUGAAAAUAAGAUCACAGUAGUUUGGUGGGUGUUUUUUUUUUUUUAAAUGUUGAGCUUAAGAAAUGCUGGACCUUUAUUUUCACCAGUAACCCACAUUUUUUUUCCAGCUCAGUUUUGAUUCAGGUUCAGUACAUAGGACAAAACCAUGGUUUAGGUUAAGUUCUGGUUCAAAUAAAAAUAGUGGUUCAACCUGAUUCUCUAAUUCCGGUCUUUUCCAGAAAACUGAACUCCUCUAACCCUUCUACCUUCCCACUGCAUUCAUCAGAGCCCAGUAAACAUUUAGCUUUAAAUGAUAAUCUUAUGACUAAGGUCAGUUUCAAAGAUCUGUCAGUGGCAAAUUGAGUGUGCCUAUGAAAUGUGUGUCACACUAUGAAUUAGCAUGAUUGUGUUUUGUUCAUUUGAAGGCAACUAUUUAGGAGCAUCAUGCAUGUACCACCAGGCAUGAAUUGCACUGGUCUGGAACAUGACUGGUUAUCUCAUAUAGGUCACUGGGAUAGUUUGCUGUACACAGGACUGGGGCAGCAUUUGAGAAAAUGUGAAGUUACAAAGAUGGAUAGCUAACAGAGCCUAACAUCAGCAGUGGCCCGAGUACGUUCAGCAGAAGAGGCUCUCCCCCAGUUUUCAGAAGAAGAGGAGAUCAGAUAUGAUAGACAGCAACACCACCAAAUCUAGUGCCCCGCUCCUGGAUCAAAGGCACUUGAGGAUGGUGACUAAAGAUGGACACAGCACACUACAGAUUGAUGGGACCCAAAGGAAAGGUCUGGCAUACCUACGAGAUGCUUGGGGAAUACUAAUGGACAUGCGCUGGCGAUGGAUGAUGCUAGUCUUUGCUGCUUCUUUUGUCAUCCACUGGCUAGUCUUUGCAGUGUUCUGGUACCUCCUGGCCGAGAUGAAUGGGGACCUGGAGUUGGAUCAUGAUGCCCCACCUGACAACCACACCAUUUGUGUUAAGUACGUCACCAGCUUUACAGCUGCUUUCUCCUUCUCCCUGGAGACACAGCUCACUAUUGGUUAUGGCACCAUGUUCCCAAGUGGGGACUGUCCUAGUGCUAUCGCCCUGCUUGCCAUACAGAUGGUCCUGGGGCUCAUGUUGGAGGCCUUCAUCACAGGUGCUUUUGUGGCAAAGAUUGCCCGUCCAAAGAAUCGAGCAUUCUCCAUCCGCUUUACUCAUUCUGCAGUAGUGGCACACACAGAGGGCAAGCCAUACCUUAUGUUCCAGGUGGCCAACACUCGUCCCAGCCCACUCACCAGCGUUCGGGUUUCAGCUAUUCUUUACCAAGAACAGGAGAAUGGUCAGCUGCAUCAAACUAGUGUGGAUUUCCACCUGGACAGUACCACAUUAGAGGAGUGUCCAUUCUUUAUCUUUCCACUGACCUACUACCACUCCAUUACCCCAUCUAGUCCUCUACGUGUUCUCCUCCAAGGGGAUAUCCCUCGCCAUUUUGAGCUAGUAGUCUUCCUCUCAGCAAUGCAGGAGGGCACAGGGGAAACAUGUCAAAGGAGGACAUCCUACCUCCCAUGUGAGGUCAUUCUACACCAUCGCUUUGCUUCUAUGCUGGCCCGAGGUGCCAAAGGGGAAUAUCAGAUCAAGAUGGAGAAUUUUGAAAAGACUAUUCCAGAGUUCCCAGCUGCAGCAGACUCUAAGAGUCCAAAGAGGACUGACAUGAAGAUCCGCAUCAAUGGACAGCACACUGACAGCUUCCAGAUUUCUGACACUAGUCUGAUAGAAUAGAAUUUGGACUUGGUGCCAGUUUGUUUUUUUUUUAAUUACAUUAAACUUUCAGGUUAAACUUUCAGCCUUCCUUUUCCCCCCUAUUUUCUUUUGUGCUCUUUCCCUUUUCUCCAUCCUUUUCAUUGCAGUAUAGUGUGCAGAGUAAAAAAGCAUAAAGUGCACAUGUAAACUGAUGAGAAGCUGUUUUAACUGCACAGAAUAGAACGUCAGGGACAAGUACCACACUACAAGUUGUGGGAAAGUACUAGUGCUACCUGCUGAAUUCACUAGACUAUGAUUAAAACUGCACUGAGCCUGAAGUGUGAGACUUGCAGACUCCCACAGUUGACCAAAACCUAAUUAAAUGGUAUGUGGGUAGGACACUAUAGCAAAAUAUGCAGCAACAGUACAAUAGAAGACUUAAUCUAAAAUUAAUCUGAGGUUAAAUUACACUAGUUUGGGGAUCAGCAAUGAGGUAGUUCCAAGAUUGUUAUAACCCUUUUACAUUAAAACUUUCUGGAUACAUGGUUACAUCAAUUUUCAGAUGGCUGAACAUCCUACUAAAAUCACUGACAGUCUUUUCAGUGGCAGUGAAAUGUAUAAUAGAUGUACUUGUUUAUUACAUGAAAUCAAGAGUACUGACUGCAGUUCUUCAUUCCACCAGGUCAGAAGGGAAUAUAAUCUCUGUGACAGAUCUGUGAAGACAGCGAGUGCCAAAAAUCCUAAGUGUAUAUAUGUGACACACAUGCUACAGUGGAGAUAUUUUCAUAUUUGGAAACAUUUAAUAAAUUAUUUCAGCAGUAGAAAACAGACUGUUAUACAGCAAUUCAUGUUCUUGCAUGUCUCUUGGCACAGUGAAAUUUUGUGUUCUCAGCUUUGCACAUUUUACACUUCGAGUAGUCUGGCACUACAGGAUGCACUAUAUCUACCAAGAACUGCAUCCAUUUAUAUUUUAUGCUUUUUAAUAUAAAUAUCUAUAUCUGUAUACACAGCAUAUAGAUAAAUCAUAUCUACAAAAUCAGACACAUUUGAAUUAAUUUUAAAAUAAAAAAAUUGAAAUAAGUGCUUAUUCAUGGGACUUUUUUGCCAGGAGUGCCUCGUAAGAAUACCAAGAAGAAAGAACCGUGCUCCUAUAUGCAACAAUUUCUAAUAUGAUCAAAUGGGUUAACAGUUAAGUGGACUGUCUGCUGUCAAUUCACAGCUUCUCAGCAACGGAAUGCAGCUUUAAAAUGGCUAUUCUGUAUUCAGACUGAAAGAACCAGCAGUUACCAUCAAAAUAAAUGUUGCCAUCCAAGGAUAAUUAAAUGACUUUUCCCAGCAAUAAAUGUGGCAUAACCACUACUAGGCAGUUUAGAUAAAACUAUGUUUACACACUGGAGCUGAUUUUAUUAUAAAGUGACCUACAGCAGGAUAUAUAAUCUGAAGCCAUAUGAGGCGGGCGCUGUCUAGUGGAAGUCUUUUUUUCAAACCCAGAAGUACAGAGGUUGUCAAGCUCUGGUCAUGGAGAACCUGGUAAGAUAGCUGUUUUGUCAUAAGGUGCCAGCUGCACCUUAUUUCCAGAAGGUAAUUUCUAUUAAAAAGACAGCUAAAGAGAUAUUAAAAUAUUAUUACUUUUCCAUGUUAACUAUAGUUGUAGUUGUCACAGGAAUGUGUUAUGUACCAUAGGAAGGAGGAGGUCCAUGCAAAACUGGAGAGCAGGUGGCCAAUCUCUGAAUUCAAAAAUAGUUCAUUACUCUGAAAAUGUUUCCAUAUUCCUUCCCUACAACUCUACAGGCUUCAAGGGCUGGUUUUAUUAUAGAGAAUGGAUACUUUAAAUAUUAUGUCUUUCAUUCUCAGUAUAAUGGAACCAUAUUUUAGCCCACUGUAGUGCCUGUACAGUAAUAGCAAACACCAUGUUGUAUUAAUACAUUAAAUUGCGUUUGCUCUCACUUUUCAUAGUUGGUCUCGCACAUGCACUUUGAAGUUCAGCUUCAUAACAUUAUUGGUCACACUCCCAAGAUAUGGAAAGUAGUGGUGAUGGGGGGGUGGUUGUACUAUAUUUAUCCUUUUCUAUUUUUAAGCCCCAAACCAAUAUCCUAAAAGUACUGAGGACAACCCUUAAAAAGCAGCAGCAGAGCAAGAAAUUGUACUGUAAAUACUUCAUUAAGCAUGGAAUAAAGUACAAAUAGUUCAAAUACGAGGAAGGAGCUUCUUUACAUAUAUUGACAAUUCUCCACUUUAAGUCACAUAAUCCUGUAUAAUUCAAUUAUUCUGCAAUUCUGGAGUGUAAUAAUACAUCUCGGUCUAUACUAAGGACAUUGAAUGGUGAGACCCUACCAGAGCUAUGAACAUACCCAGGUAACAUAAGGAUCCUUAGAGUCAGGGUAAUUCUGACUAUAUCAUACUGAGUAUUUUGAAUUUUAGAUCUUCGGUCCUUAAAACUAUCCUUUUUUAAACCAUUCAUUAUAGCUGUUUUUAACUUUUAAAAGCAACAAGUUUAAAAAAGAGGUAAAAAAUGUUCAUCAUAAAAAUAAUUAAGCAUGUUCUUUUUAAUAUUCAAGUAUUCCUCACAUAACAAGCAUAAAUAUGCACUCAGAUGGAAAUCUAUUUGCCACAUUUAACACUGACUUUCUAAGUGUCUUGUAAAUCAAACAUUUGUAAUGUGUUAACAGUAAAACAUGUAUUUGCUGAUCACUAUUCCUGCUUGGAAACUGAUGGACUUGUUUAAGAUCAGAUGCUGUGUAAAAACUGGCAGGGCAUUUGCCUUUCUGUGUGAUUUUUCUAGAUGUCCAUAAUCUAACAUAUGACUUGUUUAAUUGGCAAAUAAUCUAAGCCUUUGAGAAGAAUUUUUGGGUAUUUCUGGCUGAAAGCCAUAGGGUCAAUGGCAAUUUGCAUAGUAAUUCCUGCAAUGAAUAGUGUACCUUUGCCUUGAAUAUCAAUACCAAGACUGAAGGUUGCUGUUCAGUUUGUGAAUUGAUCGCAUCAACUGGAAAACACAUUCUGAAUGCUAAAGAAUUUGAUCAUUAGCAGUACAUCAAUUAUAAAACAUUUGAAAAUUAAUCCUAUUUAUUGGGCAAUUUGUACAGGUUUUCUUAAUUUUUUUUUUUAAACUAAGAUAUUUUCCUGGGGUCCCAUUAUUUCUGAAUUAUCAAAAUAUUCUAGAGUGGUUUAUUGCCUGCUUUCUAGUUCCUACUUAAUCUAUGACAUUUUGACGACCCACAACACAGAGGGACACGAAGAGCUGGUGAUUCAGUGAAUAUCUGGUCAGAGAGUACUCAAAGGCCUUAUUGGAGAACACACUAUUAUUGGUUAGUUUGGGCAAAGAAGAUGCUGUUGGUGGAAAGUGCAAAAUUGAGAACUUAAAUCCCUUGUCAGGUUUAGCAUGGAUAAUGGUAACAAGUCACUGCACUCCUUUUCUAAUGAAUUUCAUCCCUGAACUUGAGAGAGCAUCUCUCGUUGAUAAAUUUACUUGCAUGCCAAUUCACUCCUUCACCUCUUGGCUAAGAUUGCUAACAGUGCAAACUGUUUUUUUUGUGAUAGGAAUGUGUCCACUAGGAAGUGAAACUAGGUUCCUUUUGACCCCAAGUCAUUUUACAUAAGCCACUAAAGGACCAUUACAUAGCAGUGACUUUUUCCAUUACUGACCAAGGUUGAAAUCAAACCAAAUCAUCAUUGACCAGCCCUUUUUGGUUAGGAGACAAAGGAAAGUUGUCAAGAUUUUCCUUCUCCGGGGCACACAAAUCCUUAAAGGAGUGACAGGCAAAUCUAAGUGGAUAUAGUUAUAACCCUGAGAGUAUUUUAUAUUAAAAAUCUGAACAGUUUACAAAUAUGGCCUUCAGCCAUAUCACCUCAUGCUGUGAUCCUGUCUGUUCUCACAAGCUAAACAGGAUCAGACUGGGACAGUACCAGAAAGAGAUGCGAAAGAAACAGGUGCAGCAGCAAGUUAUGUCAAUGACCUGGUAGUUGGUAUUCUUCCCUUUGAGUAAAUACUAAACCAAUAACUCAGAAAUCUGUUAGGGGGACACACACUUUCAGAUGAGACACAAAGCCACGGUCUUGACCACUUGUGGUUACUAAAGAUCCAAAGACAUGCUUCGUAGGAAGAGAAGCAUUAAUCCUGGCAUAAUUCCAGCUAGGGUAAUUACAUUCUGUAUACCGAAAUUCCUCAUGUCAUUUCACUUAGAAGAGAUCUGCUUCUCAUCCUUAAGUGACAUAGUGUCAAUCUGCAUUGCUAAACUGCUGCUGUGGUUUCAUUAAUAAAUGAAGUGAAUUCUGUGCAUAGUUUGGUAAAAUUGCUAAGUGUUUUCACAUCCAUCAGGACGAAAAGGUGCUAAAAUAAAUGUAAUAUCAUUAAAUCAAGUUUUGUUGUAGCCACUAGUGCCUCCAGUCUGCCAUUUCUACCCUCAUUUGCC